AUGCGUUGUUCCAAUGAUCAUGAUGGUCCUGGAGGAGCUUUGUCUGCUGCAAAAGAUGCUAUUUUGCAUUUGCAGCCCAAGGCUUUAAUUUCUGUGGGCACAUGCAGUGGUUUAAAGAGCACAAUGAUCAAGCUGGGAGAUGUAGUUUUGUCAUCAAAGGUGAUAACACCUGCAUUGCAAAUUCCACCAAGGAGAUAUGUUUCUCGUCUUAUCAACCAUAUAGCAGAUGGAUGGAAACAGCCAGUCCGAGAUGCAAAUGGAUAUGAAGCGAAGGUCCACACUGGUACACUUCUUAGUAUCCCAGAGGCAAACAAGGACAUAAUUAGACAAUAUCCUCAAGCAAUUGCACUUAAUAAGAAUAGUGGAGGAUUUUGUACUGCAGCUAAUGAUUCAGGUACAGAAUGGCUGAUAGUAAUGGGCAUUGAAGACUUUGUAAAUGAUAUCCAGUCUUCCAUUAACAAUUGGAAAGAAGUUGCCUCUGUGAUGGCAGCAUCUGUGGUGGCUAAAAUAUUCAGUGAUCCGAAAAUAUUCCAAGAUUGGCCUCACUCUUAUGCAGCCACAAGUCUCUGCUCUGCAGCCCCAAAAGCAUUUGCCUCUAAACCCAGUUGCACAUUGUUAUGA